CGAAAGAUAGCAUCUCGGCGUAUGUGGUGAUUCAAUCUUCAAGGUUUUAAGACUUCAUCUUAUAGCUACGAACCAUGGGGGUUUUCAGAUAUGUUGUGUAUGCGCUUGGCGUUUUGUUCAUCGUUGCGGGCGGUUCAAAAUUGUGUCCAGCCGGAGUAAUGCACGAAGAAAUGACAAAAGCAUUUGUUCGUUUCUCAACUGUAUUUCCACUACUUCGCUUUGAUAUAAAACCGGAACCGGCAAUGUACCAGUUUGUCGUCGGUAUUGUUGAAACAGUUGGAGGUUUGAUACUACUGGUUGGACCUCUGAGACUCAAGAAGUUCACUGCCUUAUUAUUGAUCGUCAUCAUGGCUGGAGCUACAUUUACCCUGCAACAGCUUCAUGAGCCGCCGGCACAAAUAGCUUUCCCUGUGGUCAUUGGACUGACACUGAUUGGAAUUUUAUGUCAGUGUGAAGUCAAAAGCAAGGAAGACUAGAUAUGCUGUCAACUCCAUGUAUAAACUGUAAACCAUUUCAUUUUCAAUGCUAGAAAUUUUUGUAAUUUAACGGUAAACAUUUAAUGACAUUUUUGGAAAAUCACUAAUCUCGCUGCUACAAAGUUUUGUGAUUUUCACUGACUGGUCGAAUUCAAGAGUAUUUGUCACUCAUUAAAUUAAACUGGUUAACAGUGUACAGUACUGUACUUAACCUAUGAAUUGUUAGGGUAUGAAAUGCCCAGUUUAUGUGAGCAAAUUUUUGGGGUGAAAAAUCUCACAAAACAACCGAAUCAUGUACGAAAUAUGAGUUACCAAUAGUUUCAUAGUUGUCACUAAUUAUUGGCGGUUUUCAGGUAAUCACAGUUUGUUUUUUUCAAAAAUAAUAAUUCAUACAGAAGGGUUUUUCUAGAAAAAAACUGCAAGAGGGAGCACUGCAAUUCAGCGACGCCACCAAGUGGGGAAAUAGAAUUCUCCCUAUUAGGGUACAUGUCGUUUUUGAUAAUUCAAAGUUAAAUUGGAGCAUUCUAUGGCUUCCUUGGGGCCAAAAUUACUAUC